UGUUAGAUAAAUGCCUGCUGUAGUUAUGGACAUUGAAGUACCCAGUUGCUCUAGAAAACAAGUAACUGAUGAUGUCAUAGAAAAUGUUCAUAUUUCAUCUCAGAAUCUGCUUUUUGAUGUGAAUCUUGACUCUGCUGAAAAUUCUGAUAUAUUCAAUGAAAUGCCAAGUUUGGACCAGGAGGCAAGUAAAUCAGACUUUGAGUUGCUACCUUCAAUUGGACCUCUGCACCGAAAUCCAAAAGAUAUUGAAAGCCCUUCAGCUUCAAAUGGAUGUUGUGGUUUUUAUAACUUGGGAAACACUUGUUUCAUGAAUGCAGGACUUCAAUGUUUAUUUUGCAAUAUGCAUCUUGUUAAAUAUUUCCAUGAACAAUUUGUGUUUGAUGAUCUAACCAAAGAUACACUUACUGGGAAAUUUUGUCAGUUAGUUAGGAAAGUAUGGAGUGGACAUUUUUCACUUAUCCAUCCUUUGGACUUCAAAAAUACACUUGGAAUGUAUUAUCCUCAAUUCCAAGAUUUCAGACAGCAUGACUGCCAAGAAUUUGUUACAUUGCUUUUAGAUAAUCUUCAUGAAUCACUAAAUAAUGUGUGCUGUAACAACAGGAAUAUUUUUCAAAAUCCACUGCCUACCUCUGAUUUUGUUAAACCACAAGGCUAUCCACUUGUUGAUGAUGCCGUUACAUCAAGUGUAGUAGCCCUCUCAUCUUUUUCUUCAACAGUGCCUUCAUCAUGUCAAAGUACUGCUGAAGGAACUAAAGUAUUGUCAUCAGGAUUACAGCUUCAAAACCAGAACAACAGCCAUGUAUCAAGUUCUCAGAUAGAUAUACAUCGAACAACCGAGUGCAAUUCAUUAUCAAAAAACCCAACAAAACUGUCCAUGGGUAACACUAUCAUUUAUCAAAACUGUAAUAGCAGCCUGAAGAAACCAUUUCAUUUCACUGAAAACCAGUUGUACACGGAGAGUAACAAUACCAACUCAGCUUCACUAACCAUCAACCACAGUAAUACUAGUCAUGAACAAGAACUAGUAGCUAGUAGUUGCAGUACUGAGGUAACCUCUGUUUGUAGUGAACUCAGUACUGACAAAGGUAAAGCGCAAAUCUCUUCAUUACGCAACUUUGAAAGGUCUCCUAACAAAGACACUAAUAAAAUGCUUACAGUUGAGAGUCGUGUUAGCUCCUCAACACAGCCAUUGCGUUGCGCUGCCAACAGUAGCAGUGAAGAAGCAACUGUCAUCAACAGAAGGGCAAUCAAUUUUGCAAGUAACAACCAAUCUUUAAUGCAACCUUGCUCUCAACCAACUGCUGUGCAAUUUAAUGAUCAAUCUUUUGUCGACAGCACUAAUGUUAAUGGAGAGUCAACCACAACACUAGCCCUUGGUCUCAAAUGUCUACCAAGUCUGGAGGAUUUCUAUGCCAAAGAAACAAAAACUCUCAAUACUAAUAUGCUAGCUUCAGAAUCUGAGGAACAAAUCAAGACUGAUUCAGAAAAGUUUAUAAAAUCUGAUAAUCGAAUUCGGGGAAAUCCUGAAAAUUGUGAUAACAAUAUAGAACAAAUCAUUGGAGCUGAGGCUGCUAAAGCUGAGCUUGCCCCUGGCAUAGAAAAGCUAAAAGACAUUAAUAUUAGACUUGAUAAGAAAACAAGGUGUCACCAAAACUACCCUUGCACAUCGGGACUUCCCUAUGAAGAUUGGUCUAAUAUUAACAAUAUAAAAAGAAUCAAAAUAGAGUCAGAUGUUGAUGAGAAAAACAUGAAGAGGCAAGCUCUUCAAAAGUUUAACUUGGAACAAAGCACAUUGAGAAGUGAUGAAGUAAUGACUACACCAAGCUGCUCUGUGACUUUAGAAGAUGAUGAUGAAGAAGAAGAGGAAGAGGAGCGAGAUGAGGAUGAUGAAGAAGAAGAAGCAAUGAGUGGUGGAGAAGAGUCAGUCAUAGAAAGACAGGAUUCUGAGUGGCUGGAAGAAAAGCAGGCCAGUAAACAUCAAAGUUCUAAUGAAAUCAACAGAAAUUUACCACUGGCAGAACAUUGCAGGCUGAAAGAAGGCCUCACUGCUGCUGAUGUAGAUGCUGCUAAUCUUUCUUGGGAAAGCCAUUUAGUCAAGAAUAACAGUAUUGUGGUCAGUACAUUCCAUGGACAAUUCAAAAAUACUGUGAUCUGCUCUGAGUGUUGCCAUGUAUCUGUAACUUAUGAGCCUUUUAUGUAUUUGUCAGUACCAAUACCUCAUGCUAUGGAACGCCAACUCUGUGUUAUAUUUAUCACACAAACCCGUACUAUUCCGCCCAUACGGUAUCUCUUAAAACUGCACAAAAAUGACAACAUUUAUAAAGCCAAAACUGAACUGCGAAAGACGGCAGGCCAGCAAAACUGUGAUAUCAUCAUGGUUGAAGUAGUUAACAAUUACAUUUCACGAGUCCUUGAUGACAAUAUAUUGCUCCGGUUUGUCAAUGAUUCUGCUCGAAAAAUUUAUGCCUUUCAAAUGGCUGUUCCUCCUAAUUCACUGGACAGUUCCCCAUCAGACAAUUUAGGAAAGCUGCCAACAGUUAACUCCAGUUUAGCUACUAAAGAAAGCAUUGCCACCAAACAAACUAGUUCUUCAAAAUCUCCUGACAUUUUUUCAAAUAUGGAUACUUUCUGCCCCAGUAACUGUUCACCACAGAAGACAACAUCAAUGAGCACAACAGUAUCUGAUGUAACUCCACAGUCAAAUGAUAGUAACCUUCCACUAUUAUCACAGCCAUCUUUGGAUCCUGUAUUAACUCCUCUGAGCCAGUCUACAUUAACAACAAGCAUGUCUACCUCUGCAUUCCCUGAUUCAAUUGUGACAGAUGAUGCUCAUGUUUGUGAUUCUUCAUCAGUUACAACUCAGUCCAAAACUAAUGAUCCUGAUCCAGACUCUAUGCAAACUGACCAAAUAUGGGAUUGGUCUUUGACAACAGAUAAUUCCAAAAGGCCAGCCAUUCCAAUGAGUUGGGAGUCUGCACCCUCUGCGAAUUUAUCAUCCAUUGCUGAACACUGGCGAUCUUGUGCCAUCUGUUUGGAGGAAUUACUUGAUACAAGUUUAAUGGUGCACACAUCUUGCAGUGGCACUUUUUGUCAUAGUUGUCUUGAAAUGUCACUGAAACACCAUAGUGUUUUCUCUUAUACUUGCCCUGUGUGUCUUGCUUUCGUAAAUCCUUCUGUGGAAUUUGUCCCAUUGGCUGAUCCAGACAGCAAAAGGUUAAGAACAAGAAUCUUAGCUGUGCCACUGACUUUCCGAUGUCUAAGUAAAUCAAAUCCUGAACAACAGCAAUUGAUUGGUCAUCCCCACAUCUUAUACCUUCCUAACAACAUUAGUGGUGGCACUUUGUAUAAUUGUGUUGACCAAAUAGUCCAUACAGCCCUGCAAUACACAAUCGCUUUUACCAUGGAAGAGGUUUGUACUACUUCUGUUUGUAGAUUCUUACAUUUAUUCUUAUAUUUUAUUUUAACAUUCAUUAAUAUUUUUUUCUCUUUCUCUUGUUUUAUCUUCAAGGGUCUACAGUGUUCUCGAUGUCCAUCAGUAAACCAAUGUGUUGGUUGUGUUGUCCAGCGCACUGGUCAAGUUACUCUCCAACCUGGUGAUCAUCUUACCAUUACUUUUGUUACUGUUCCUGCUGAACAGGGUCAGCUCUUGGAGCAGAGUGUAAUUGAUCAUGAAUCUAUGGAAAACCUACGUCCAAAUACUCCAAUGUCUCUUUAUGAUUGUUUCACAGCAUUUAUGCAAAGUGAAACACUAGAUGAGCACAAUCCUUGGUAUUGUCCAAACUGCUCCAAGAACUGCCGUGCUAAGAAAACAAUGACUGUCUGGCGAUAUCCUGAUAAUCUUAUUAUAUAUCUAAAACGGUUUGUAUUUCAUGAACUUACAAGUACCAAAAUUGACAAUUUAGUGACAUUCCCUCUUGAAGAUUUAGACCUUAGUCAGUUCACUUCUGGUCCUCACACCAAGAACUUGCUUUAUGACCUACACAGUUUUGUGUGCCAUUUUGGAGGAUCUAAUUCUGGUCACUACACCUGUUACAGUAAACAUCCUAUUGAAAACAACUGGUACUACUAUAAUGAUGAGAAUGUUAGCCAGCACAUGCCGAGAGAUGACCAUUUGAGUAGCGCUUAUGUUUUGUUCUAUGUACGACAAGAUACUAACAUUUCCUUCAAGAUUCCUGAUAAGUCCAGUUACCAUUUUAUUGAUUCCGUAUCACACAGUCCUUCAUCACUCACAGAAACAACUCAAAAUAUUGAAAAAAAUGAAUCAAGAACUCAGUCAAUGGCAUUAGUACUUUACCAACCACAACCUAUGCGAGCUGACAGUGCAUUAUAUGAGCUUCCAAAAGAGGUUCCUAAAGAUAAAGACACUAGUUUGUCACCAACGCAUACAGAAAAAACACCCACCGAACAAACAGAACCUGAUAGCACCUAUGAUUUCUAUUCCUAAACUCACUUAUGUUCUUUAAGUUUUGAUUAACAAUGCUCCUGUGUCAAUCAUGAGAGAAGGCAUUAAAACAAGACGAUCUUCCCCAACAGUCAUCAACAAGCUACCAUUGUCUGUAUACCAAAAAGUAUUUUCAGGAUUUAAUGUGAUGAAAACCAUCUGUACCAUUUGGAAAAUUGAUCAGAAAAAAUUUGUACUGACAUCUCCAGAAAACUUACAAACAAAUAUUUUCAGUUAUCAGUAUUAGCUAAAUUCAACUCAGUUUUGCAUUAUCAUGCUGAUAUGAUUUUGCUCACCUGCUGUAAUUAGUGGAAUUUUUGUUAAAAAUACUUUGAUACUAAAAUAACAAUAUAUCUAUCAUUAUUUAUUUAGUCUUUAUAUAUUGGUACAUCUAAGGUGAAUAUAUCAUUAAGUGUGACUAUAAAAAUCUUAACACUUUCUUAUACUUCUAACUGCCUGUGCAUCAGGUACUGCAUCUUACUACUUUCUACUUAAUUCCCAAUAUUUUCAGCUUUAAUGUCCAUUUUCUUAAAACUCUUAAUAAAAAUAAUUCAACAUAUUUUCAACAUACAUUGAUUGCGAUAUAUCGUAUGUGAUUUGUGGUGACUGUUGAAUGUGUACGUCUGUACAAAUGCAUCUGUUAUACAUGCUCAUAUAAAUUUCAUGUAUUAAUGCAUAACAGUUUAAUUAAAUAAUUUAUCUUACAUGUGUAUAUGCAGAAAUGGCUGUAAAUAUAUUUAUUUGCAGAAAUCUGCAUGUGAUUACAUGUAGAUAGUUUUAAAGUUCAGUAAACAUGAAUGUAAGAUAACAUGCAAUAUUUAUCAAAUUGAUAUCAUAUUCUUCUGUUUCUUAUUUAUUGCUUUUCUUCUAAAAACAUAUUUAUUUAAACUAAAAUUUUGGUGGCUAUUUGACUUUAAACACUCUACGGUCUUCCAGGUCACCAGAAAGAUCACAGUGUGAAAUUAGAGAAGUGACCACAAUGCCAGUUUAAAUAAAUAUUUGAAUAAAAUUUUCACCACAUCAUAA